GCGGGCGGGACGAGGAUGUGGCCGGCGGCCUGGGCGCGCUGCGGCCGGCUCGCGGGUGGGGCCCGUGCCAUGCCGGUGGCGCCCGUCCCCGAGGCCGGAUGACGAUGGCGGCGGCGGUGGCGGCGGCGCCCGAGCUGAAGUGGGCGCCGCCGGGGGGCCGGGCCCGGUGGGCGGCCGCGAUGGCGGUCGUGCUGGGCUCGCUGCUGGUGCUGCUGCUGUCGCUGGCGGCGGUGGAGGAGCAGUGCCAGGCCGUGCUCAAAGGGCUGGCCCUGCUGAAAAGCAAGCUGGGGGCCGGCUACGUGGGGAUCACCAAGUACGCGGGGCAGACGACCGGGCUCAGCGUCACCUCGGGCGCCUUGAAGCUGCUGGUGCUGAAACCCAAAGCUUCUCCCGAAGUGAAGCUAGAAGCCAGAGCUGCUUUGAAUCAAGCCCUUGAGAUGAAACGGCAGGGGAAGCGCGAGAAAGCCCACAAGCUCUUUGCCUAUGCCCUCAAGAUGGAUCCAGAUUACGUGGACGCCCUGACCGAGUUUGGUAUCUUUGCAGAAGAGGAGAAAGACAUCCUCCAAGCAGACUACUUGUACUCCAAAGCGCUGACCAUUUCCCCCUGUAAUGAGAAGGCUCUGAUCAACCGGGACCGGACACUGCCUCUGGUGGAAGAGAUAGAUCAGCGCUAUUUUAGCAUCAUCGACAGCAAGGUCAAAAAAGUGAUGGCCAUCCCCAAAGGCAACUCAGCCCUGCGCCGUGUGAUGGAAGAGUCCUACUACCACCACAUUUACCACACGGUCGCCAUCGAAGGCAACACGUUAACGCUCUCCGAGAUACGGCACAUCAUCGAGACCAGAUACGCCGUUCCUGGGAAGAGCCUCGUGGAGCAGAACGAAGUGAUCGGCAUGCACGCAGCCAUGAAGUACGUCAAUGCCACGCUCGUGUCCAGGAUAGGCUCUGUCACCAUCAGUGACAUCCUGGAGAUUCAUCGGAGAGUGCUGGGAUACGUGGACCCUGUGGAAGCAGGGAGGUUUAGGACUAGCCAGGUGUUUGUAGGCCACCAUAUCCCACCCCACCCUCAAGACGUUGAGAAACAGAUUCAGGAGUUUGUCCAGUGGAUCAACUCUGAAGAUGCCAUGAGCUUACACCCCGUUGAGUUUGCAGCCUUAGCCCACUACAAACUGGUUUAUAUUCACCCGUUUGUGGAUGGCAACGGUAGGACCUCACGCCUACUCAUGAACCUCAUACUCAUGCAGGCAGGUUAUCCUCCCAUCACAAUCCGCAAGGAGCAAAGGGCUGAGUAUUAUCAUGCCUUAGAAGUAGCCAACGAAGGAGAUGUGAGACCUUUCAUCCGCUUCAUUGCCAAAUGUACUGAGACCACUUUAGACAUGCUGCUUAUUGCCACCACAGAAUAUUCGGUGGGUUUACCUGAAGCAGACGGCAGCACUGCUGGCUACAAACAAACUAUUCCAGUCAAAACCUGAGUGUUACAGAGCCUGUCUGACCAUGGCCAAAAACAGAGAAUGUCUGGAAUAUUCAAAAGUCACUUUACUGUUCCCGUCAAGAAACAGCUCCGCAGGAAAAGCAGCAGUCACCUCUUCUAGCACUUCGUUUAUUUAAAUUCUAGUAAAUUAAUCCCUAUGUAAAACUAACUUAUUUAUUGUACCUGAUGCCAAGCUCAAAUGUGAAUUGUUGCGUUUGAAUGUGUGCUAGGACCAGCUUGUGCUCCUGGAAGGAGAAGGGGAGGACAGGCCAAAGCAAAGCCAAUGUGCCAGCACUAUUCAGUGAGUUGUAGUCAACUUAGUGGCCUUGCUUUCCAAAACCUCACAGCGUUCAGCUUCCAAGGCUUAAAUUAACACAAGGCCACUAAUUGCCUAGAUGACAAGAUUUUCAGUUACAUACCUUUGACAGGCCCAACUUUCCCCCACAGAUGUCAAGAGAGUAAGGACUGAGCUGGUUUAAAAAGCAGCAUCACUUCUGCGUGUUAGCUAAUGUUAUUCCUCCCAUCCAACAAACAGCCCUUCUGUCACAGUUGUAGCAGUAGCCUUAUCUCCUCAGCAGAAUUCGUUCGACUGCCUUUGCAGUUGAGGCGUACAAUCUUCCCACUCCCCUGCCGGGUGCCUUUCUGCUGUCUUAGUUAACCAGCCAGUGCUAGAGGUAGCAGUUAAAAUUAGUGAGGGUAACUUCUGUUUUUAUAUUUAGCAACACUUCGUAUAGUUUCAGUUUCUUUUGGUCAGGCGAGUUACCGGACUGCAGGCUGCUCUUGCUCUACCUUGUGCCAAAGGACCAUGUUGUGCCACCUGCAGCAGUAGCAAAGCACACACCCUUCAGCACAGAAUUACCAGGAAAGGAAGGGCGCCUCUCUGUACAAACACUCACACCCCAUGCCUGAAAGCAGCUUGCCUCUGCAGUCACAGGAGGAAAGGGUGGUUCUGCUCAGGAUUCAGUUCCAACUCUACCCUUGCUGUAGGGGGAGAGAGAUUGUUUCUGUGUAGCAGGUGUCCUGUGGUGCGUUAUCAUAACCAAAUGGGCGCAAGCUCUUUCCAACAUUUAGAUUUUGUUUCUGGUGCUGCAGUAAAGGUGGCUGAAAGCCACCUUUACUGCAGCACCAGAAACAAAACAGAGCAUCCUAUCAGGGCCCAGUCUAAGCGGAGCACUCAAAAGACUUGUGUAACAUAGCUUCCUGGCACUUAGUCCCCAGUAACUUUUGACUAGUUUCAUUAAAAUUAUGUAAAUGCUUAAAGUGGCAAAAAUCUAAUGAAAAGUUUCAGGUAGCAUCAUGACCUCUCUCAUCCCUGCUCACACCUUAAAGCAUGUGAAGCCUGUUUUUAUGCUACAGUAGCUCUUUAUAGCCUUCCUGCCCCCUACGCCAGCACCAUUAAACUGACUAGCUUGCAAGUAAGAUCUGUAAGAGAUCCGCACAAUCCAACUUGGAUGAUGUACAGCAGCUUCCCCAAGCCUGAGAAUGCUAUUGUUUUACACAUCACUGACUGGCGGGGGCUCCAUGCUCACCUGUCUGCUCCUAACGUCUCCACGAGCACAACUGCCCACUUCUGAGUUUUCCCCACCCCUGCCCAAGGACAAUAUCUCUCACUUGGGGCUGAAAUUUAAUAAAUAUUGCACUGGGGAGUAAGCUUUAUGACCAGACCAAAGCAGAGACCCUGUCGAGAUCUGAAGUUGCCUAUGUUAAUUCGAGCUGGUCCACGUUUGUGUAUUAUUAUUUAACAUACUUAUUAAGGUUGACAGGGACAGCGAACAAUGCAAGUUUUUAAAAGAAAAAGCAUGCUUAUUUUUGUAGCGCGAAACAGAGACGAGAAAUUCUGCACUUUAGUUAUUUGUCAAAAUGUUAUUUUUAGUAACGGUCUAAUAAAAUAUUUUGUUAUGUAAAGCUUC